AUGGACUGCCUCAAGCAGAAACGAGCCGUUGUACGGGCCUCAGUAACGAAACUCAUCACGGACGUCGACGCACUACUACGAGUUCAGAGCCCUGCAGCCGGUGAGCUUCAAACAAAACUUGACCUUUUGAAGUCUAAAGAGGAGACGCUACAGUCAUUAGAUGGAUCCAUGGAAUCUCUUGUUUCCGAAGAAGCCUUUCAAGUAGAGAUUGAAGUUGCUAUGUCUUACCAGGAAAAGAUAUGCACAGCUAUAUCUCAAAUCAGUCAGAAACUGAAGAAAAUCCAACGGACAACCCUUCGACCCGACUCUCCAACCAGAGCUGUGCUUAUCCCGGCAAUGCAACAUCAGGGUUCCACCAAAGUGAAACUUCCCAAGAUUGAGGUACCGAAAUUCAACGGAGAUCUAAUGAACUGGAUGACAUUUUGGGACCAGUUUGAGUCGACAAUUCACAAGAAUGAAACUCUACAUAAUGUAGAUAAGUUCAAGUACCUACAAAGCUAUCUGACCGGCAAGGCCGCUACGGCCAUAAGCGGACUUCCUCUUACGAACGAGAAUUACGAUGCCGCAAUUGAGAUCCUUAAUCAACGCUUCAACCAGCGACAGCAUAUUGUCGACCAGCAUCUGAAUCGUUUACUCAAUCUACCGACGGUUGCCGAUGCGGGCGAUUAUGUCCAUCUUCGAGACCUUUACGAUGAAGUUCAAGUAAGAGUGCGCGGCCUCCAAGCUCCGAAGGUCGAACAGAACGAGUACGGCGUCAUGCUUCUGUCGGCACUGCGAAAAUCUGUACCGAAACAGGUGGAACUGGAUUACAAUCGGAAACAUCAGGAAGGAACGCCAGCCAGCAAAACCGAAUUGAAUAACUUCCUUGACUUUCUCAGAGGUGAAAUAGAAAGUCCUGAGAAGAGCGAAUACCCAGUCGAUGCACGGCUGAGCGAAUCUCGAUUGAAAAUCUCGAAGGAUAGGCGGCCUCUUAUUCGACAGACGACAGGAGCACUUACGACGGGAGACACAACACAACGAACAGAAUGUGUUAUCUGCAAGAGUACAGAUAAUGACAUCGAGAGUUGUGUCAGCACAAUCAGCAUCGACGAAAAAAGAGCGUUACUUACGCGAGAGGGACGCUGUUUCAAAUGUGCUAAACGAUGCCACAGAUCACGUGAAUGUCGAACAGCGGCUCGAAUCAGAUGCACCCGCUGUAACGGGCACCAUCUCACAGUUCUUUGCGAAAGAGAGCUGGAGAAUAAGACCAGCGGAAACACCAACACUACAUUUUCCGGCGUACUCUCCUCAACAACGACACGCAAAUUGGAAGCGUCUCGUGUCCGGAGUCUAAUCCUUCUGCAGACCGCUCGCCUCUGGGCGGAGACGAAUACAAGUAGACAACUUGUACGAAUUCUACUGGACGGCGGGAGCCAAAGAACAUUCAUACGAGAGUCAUUGUCUCACGAUCUACAAUGCGAACCGGUAGGGGAAGAAAACUUGUCGAUAUGUUCCUUCGGCUGCACACCUUCAAGAAGGAAGUGUCGACGUGUCAGAGUUUGGCUUCUCAGUCAGUACAGUCGCGAGGAGAUAUCUGUAGAAGCUUUGGAGAUACCUGAAAUUUCCGCAAACCUAAUGCACGACCCCGACAGUAAACUGAUCACAGCGCUACAAGAGAAAGGGUUGCCACUGGCCGACCUUGUCAUGUUUGACGUACGCUGCAGCGACGACAUCCAGAUCCUGGUUGGUUCAGAUCUGUACUGGAGUAUAGUGACGGGCGAAUCGCAACGAAUUGAUGACAACCUCUUCGCGGUCAACACCAUCUUCGGGUGGACACUUCAGGGACCGUCAGAGAUGUCGGGAAACCUUUGCGCCACCGUAGGUGUAUUCAGACUGACUGUGGAUAACAAUCAAAACGACGUUUCUUCGCAGCUUCAAAGCUUCUGGGCGCUUGAACACAUUGGUAUAUCUACAAAUGAGUGCGACGAAGAGAAUAACGGGGUCCUGGAGCAAUUCAACGCAACCAUCAAAAUUAAAGACAAAAGGUAUGAAGUCGGUCUUCCAUGGACUAAGAAAAAGACUACCUACUACGGAACUACCUUCGAACCUACAACUGAUCACCUACCUAUGGAAGAAUACGACGACGCCAUUCUUCUCUACCGACAAAACGGUCAUGCUGAAGUAGCCCCACUGGAGGAAGCAGCGGAGAAUACACUCUACUACAUGCCACACCGAGCCGUGAUUAAGCAAGAUAGAGAUACAACGAAAGUAAGAGUUGUAUUUGACGCAUCCUCUAGUGCCUCUGGCGAGCCAUCCCUUAAUGAUGUCGUUCACGUGGGACCAAACUUGAACCCAGAGAUUCUACACCUUUUGAUAAAGUUUCGUAGCGAAGCUGUGGCUCUGGUCGCCGACAUUGAAAAGGCUUUCUUGCAAAUCAGCUUACCUGAACGGGAUCGUGACGCGUUGCGGUUUUUGUGGUACGUGACAACACCGAAGAUAGGACAACCUCUUCCCGCGAUCGAAGUCCUAAGGAUGACUCGGGUGCCAUUUGGGGCGGCUUGUAGCCCAUUUCUUCUCGCCGCAACCAUACGCUAUCACUUCCGGAGGAUGUCCGAUAUGUACCCAGACACCUGCAAGCUCCUUGCCGAGAGUUUUUACGUCGACGAUUUGGCAACCAGUAUCAGCACAGUUCAAGAGGCGAAACGCCUUUGGAAAGAAUCGGUUGACAUUUUUGAAGACUGCGGCAUGCGACUUCGGAAAUGGAGAACAAAUGAUAAACUGUUACGUGGAAUGUUUCGGGACCUAUAUAACGGCGACGACUCUAUCCGACAGACUGAGAGAAAGGUACUGGGUCUUAUUUCGGACACUGACUCAGACGCUCUAAGGAUAUCUCUGAAAUCCGUGCUGGAAUUCUUACACACCGCGCAUGAUACCAAACGAACAGUGCUUCAAGCCACAGCGCGGGUCUUCGAUCCACUCGGAUUUCUAGCACCGUUUGUUAUCACGGCGAAGGUCAUGUUCCAGCGACUUUGGCAGAAGGGAAUACGUUGGGACGAAGUUCUCCCACCUGACAUACUUGAAGACUGGCACUCUUGGUGUCGCGAGCUUCCCAAAGCCAAUGAUUUGUGCAUUCCCAGAAGGAUAAAGCGCACGGGGACAGUCCGACAACAAACGCUUCAUGUAUUCUGCGACGCUAGCCCGGAGCCGUCAUCUACGUCAGAACAAUACAGGAAAGCAGCCUGUGCACAGUUCGUUUAG